GCCGCUUAUAUCCGGCUGUUGGAAAACCUAGGAGUUGGUCCGCGGGUGGAGGGAUUACACGGGUAUCAAACCAACUGUAUUGAGGGGAAAAAACAUCUUGCCCCCUGAAGGAAAGAAGCGAGGCAUUAACAGAUGAGGUGCGAGGAGGAAAAUGUUUACAACACACGGAGGAGACUUCCUGGUUGAAUGAACCUUUGUCACCGGGAAUUGAGAAGUGCGAUUUGAUUCUGCCCUCAGAUCUGUUUUUGGACAAGUGUUUUACGAUGGACAGUUACAAGGUACUAAAAGUCAUUGGGGAAGGUUCAUUUGGCAGAGCUCUUUUGGUCCAAGCUCAUAAUGAAAGUCAAUAUGUGAUGAAAGAAAUUCAUCUUUCAAAGAAUCCUACUGGACUACAAAGAUCAAGGAGAGAAGCCAUACUCCUUGCCAAAAUGAAGCAUCCCAACAUAGUUGCAUUUAUAGACUCGUUUGAAGUUGAAGGGCAUCUCUAUAUAGUGAUGGAAUAUUGUGAUGGUGGAGAUCUCACACAAAAACUUGUGCGGCAAAAGGAAAAACUAUUCCCCGAAGAAAUGGUGCUGAAUCUGUUUGUACAAAUCUGUCUUGGAAUGAAGCACAUUCAUGACAAACGAGUUCUACACAGAGAUAUUAAAACUAAGAAUAUUUUCCUCACUAAAAAUGGAGUGGUUAAACUGGGAGACUUUGGAUCUGCACACCUACUGAACAGCCCCAUGGCUUUUGCUCAUACCUAUGUAGGAACACCAUACUAUGUAUCUCCAGAAAUCUGGGAGAAUAAACCAUACAAUAAUAAAAGUGACAUCUGGGCCUUGGGAUGUGUCUUAUAUGAAAUCUGUACUCUGCGACAUCCUUUUCAGUCCAAUAGUUGGAAGAAUCUCAUACUGAAGAUCUGUAAAGGCUCGUAUUCUCCAAUCCCAAGACAUUACUCCUAUGAACUACAUUAUAUCAUAAAACAAAUGUUCAAAAGAAACCCAAAGGAUCGCCCCUCUAUUAACACCAUUCUUGCUAGACAUUGCUUUGCAAAGCUAAUUAGCAAUUUUUUAUCACCUGAGAUGGUGAAGGAGGAGUUUAGUGAAAUAACAACCAAAAAGAAAAGAUCAGCACAAACUAAGCAAAAGAAAGUACAGAAAGCUAGUGUCCCAAGUAAAUAUGAAGAACUGUCCUCCAGUGCAGGUGGAAACAAAGUAAGCAUGAAAACCACAGAGGUACCUCCAGAUGUUCGGAAGUGGAAUCUGGCAGAAGGAGAAAAUAUUGCCAAGAGGCUAGCACAAAAAACAUUGGAAGAAACUGCUUCCCAAAUGGAGGUAACACCAAAGGGAGACCAAGUGAUAAUCAAGAGUAGCAAAGUCUCUAAUGUGCAUGCUCGAAAGCAGUGGAAUGAAUUCCCUCCAGACACCGUGUUGGGUAUACUUGAAAAUGCACCACUGUCAUCCAGCAUCCCUGCUGAGGAAGUUAGCUGUGGUGACAACGUGACAGUUUAUCCUAAAAUCAAUCUGCGAAAACAGUGGAACCAACAGCCUCCUGAAACAGUUCUCAAUUUCUUACAGAAUAUAAACUUGAGCUUGGCUUCUAAGACCUACACAAUAAAUAAAGGAGGAAACUAUCUCAUUGGCCCACUUUCAGCCGACAACGGAAAGGCUGAUAGUGUCGAUGGUGAAGUGGAAACUAUUGAGUUGGAUCCAGACAGAUUUGAACCCAGAUCUGAUGAUGAAGACACGGACUUUGAAGAAGCAGAUGAGCCUGACUGGGUGGAUGAAAUGAAGAGGCUGCUGGAGAAUAAUCUUUAAAGUGCUAAUGUUAACCAAAGUGUUUUUUUUCAUUUGAAUUCUAUUGGUCAUCAGGUGUACGUUGUUGGCCAAACACCUGGUUGAAAUCCUUGAAGAAAACUGGGCACAGAAAUGCAGAGGAUUUUUUUUAAGUAGUCAUCUACUUAUAAGUUAGUAAUUAAGGUUUGUGUAACUUUUAUGUUAAUAUGCAAAUCCCUAUUGAAUUUUAAGACAUUGAGAAGAGUUUCACCAUUAUAACAGUAAUCAAUUUAUUACCUGAGACUUAAUCUUGAGCUCAGUGCAAUCUAAACUGAACAGUCUCUGGAAAAACUAUGGUGUAAAGGCGAUAUUGACUCUAUGAAGUCCACUCCUCACUGCAAUUACUCAAAUGACUUUUGUCCUCAUUUACCAACAAUUCCAAGGUCUUGUUUCUGCCCUAGACCUAUAUUCCCCUCUCAUCCUCUGGUCUGACAGGAGUCAACUCUUCAUUUAGCUCCAUCUCUCUGAUCUGAUAUAGGUGCCAGAAUCUUCAUCCUUCUUUGCUUCCAGUUUGUGUUCUCUGCAUCAACCUUCUUGCUUUGCCCAGUUGUCUUAAUUGCUCGCCUUUUUCCAAAGUUGCAUUGACACCUGGGCCCUCCCAGAGAAGGUGCAGUCUCGAGUACUCACACAAGACACUGGAGAAAUAUCUUAAUUAAUAUUUUUUUUUAUUCUGACUAAAGGUAGUUCCAACAGAAAGAAUCUCUGAAAAUAAGUACACUUGGUGAAAAAAGCAUUAGCAAAAAAAAACCAGACAAGUUUUAUUUGCUUUUCCUGUAUAUCUCUAUGAAAGUGUCAGGAAUGUCACAUGCCAAUCUUUCCACCAUCCAGAGGCACUGAACUGAACAACUAAAGUACAAUAACAGUAAACUAUCCUUGUUGCCAAGGGAAAACCAUGUGUGUGAGAAGGGAUAAAAUUAAAAUCAUCAAUGCAGUGGUAGACAUCUGAAAAAGUUGGCAGAGAAAAUAAAUCCAUUAUUUAGCCAUUUUGUUUUCUAGAUUAACAACAUAUUAAGUGAUCACCCAUUAAUUGGAGCAGUUCAUUGAACCAUGUUAAUGAUUUCUUGUGGGAGUGAAUACUGGAUCACUUGAGAUUACUUUUAGUUAGUGCUGUGCUGGUGAAGUUUUCUUGAUUAUUAUAUGUCAAAUGUUAUUCUCAUUUUGGAAUACCAAGCUCUUGAUUUCAAUGAAAAUGGACUCUGUGUCUUAUGAAUCAUUGAACCAAAUGGGGUAUGAAAGUCAUUAGUAAAGAUAUUGGAGGCAGUCAAUCACCAAGGAAUUUGGAGUGAUUGUAGGGAGGCAAAAUGAAACACAGGAACAGAGAAAGGUAGCCAUUUGAACUUGCUCUGUCAUUCAAUAUGAUCAUAUCUGACCUUCUAUUUCAAUGCCCUCAUACUCCUUGAAGCCUUUUGUGUCUAGAAAUCUAUCUCCUUUGCCUGCACAGCCUUCUGUGGUGAAGAGUUCCAUAGGUGUGCUAACUUCUGAGUUCCUUCCCAUCUGAAUGUCUUAGCCCUGGUCCUCAUUGAGGGGUAAGCAGUGGAAAGGGUGAGCAGCUUCAAGUUCCUGGGUGUCAACAUCUCAGAGGAUCUAUCCUGGGUCCAAUGCAUUGAUGCAAUCAUGAAGAAGGCAUACCAGUGGUUCUACUUUCUAAGGAGUUUGAGGAGAUUUGGUAUGUCACCAAAAACUCCUACAAAUUUUUAUAGAUUUAUAGAAUUGGUGGACAGCAUUGUGACUGGGUGCAUCACAGCCUAAUUUGGAGCCUCCAAUGCACAGGAUCACAAGAGACAGCAGAGGGUUAUAGACUCAGCCAGCUCCGUCACAGGCACAGCCCUCCCCACCAUCAAGGACAUCUUCAAGAGGUGGUGCUUUAAGAAGACGGCAUCUAUCACUAAGGACCCUCACCACCCGGGACAUGCCCUCUUCUCAUAAAUAUUGUCGGGGAGGAGGUACAGGAGCCUGAGGACCCACACUCAAUGAUUCAGACCCCCUCGCCAUUAGAUUUCUGAAUGGUCCAUGAACACUACUUUGUUAUUACUUUUGUUUUGCACUUUUUAUUUUUGUAAUUUAUAGUAAUUUUAUGUCUUUAUCUUGCUGCUGCAAAGCAACAAAUUUCACCUCAUGUAAGUCAGUGAUAAUAAAUCUGAUUCUGAUAGAUACUGAGACAUUGACUGCUGGUUCUAAACACCCCAGCCAGAGCAAGUGUUCUCCCUGUA